UCGAGAGGGAAAAGGUUGAGAAAGCUGAUUUUGCCUGUCAUUAAAGCUUCAGUUAUCGAACUUUCUUUCUCUCUCUCCGGGCCCUCGAAUUCACCGUUCAAGAAACGAUUUUCUUCUCUCGACAUGAAAAUGACUUGGGCUUGUAUGCUCUUGUUGUGACUUGUGAGGAAGCAAAAGGGAGAGAAGCUGAGAAGGUUGUGAUUCAAUGCACCUGAGUUCGAGUGAGAGAAAAAGAGCUAGAUUCGAUGCAUGAGUUUGUCUAUAUAAAGGCUAGAUUUUACUGCACAAAAUUUGGCUGCAGACUGAAGCUGUCGCUGUUUUCGAGAUCUAUGCGUGGAAAGGAGAACUGGGUUUCUUUUUUUCGUCUUCUGGGUCAUAAAAUUGAUGGUUCCUAUAUUCUGCUUGGGUGUUAAUUUAAAUUGAGAAUCAACUGCUAAAAUGUUCAGGAUUAUAAAGUCUGACAGAGCUUCAUUUGCGGCCUUUAGUGGUUAUGUGCUGGUAGCUGCUCUAUUGGUUUGUAGUUCUAAUGGGUUAAAUGCAGAGGGGCAACAACUACUGGAACUGAAGAAUAGUCUUCAUGAUGAUUUUGACUCUCUAAGUAGUUGGAAUGCCGAUGAUGAGACACCUUGUGGAUGGAGGGGUGUGAAUUGCACGUUUGACUACAAUCCAGUGGUCUGGUCUCUUGAUCUGCAUUCCAUGAAUCUUUCUGGCAACCUAAGUUCGAGUAUUGGUGGUCUGGUCCACCUGACUUAUCUUGACUUGUCAUACAACAAGCUAUCUGGGAGCAUACCCAUGGAGAUUGGAAGUUGCUCUAAGUUGGAGCUUCUUUACUUGAACAAUAAUCAGUUUGAAGGGGAAAUACCUGUAGAAUUGGGUAACAUGUCUUCAUUAACAGAACUAAAUUUAUGCAACAAUAAAAUAUCUGGGCAUCUUCCAGAAGAGCUUGGGAACCUUUCUUCCCUGGUUCAAUUAGUUGCAUACACUAACAAACUCUCAGGCCCAUUGCCUCGUUCGCUUGGGAACCUCAAGAGAUUGAGAAUUUUUCGAGCGGGACAGAAUUUGAUAUCUGGAAGCAUACCUGUGGAGAUAAUUGAAGGAUGUGAAAGCCUAGAAGUCUUGGGUAUUUCCCAAAGCCAGUUAAGUGGCGAAAUACCGAAGGAGCUAGGAAUGCUUGGAAAAUUGAAGGAACUCCUCCUUUACAGUAAUGAGUUGUCGGGGGUAAUUCCAAAGGAGUUAGGGAAUUGUACUAAUCUGAAGACUCUUGCUCUUUACCAGAACAAUCUUGUGGGUGGAAUACCAAUGGAGAUUGGAAACUUGAGGUUUUUGGAUAAGUUGUACCUUUACAGGAAUGCAUUGAAUGGCACCAUUCCAAAGGAGAUUGGCAAUCUUUCUAUGGCAACAGAGAUAGAUUUUUCUCAGAAUUUGUUGACAGGAAAGAUACCGAUAGAGUUAAGUAAGAUAAAGAGUCUACGCUUACUCCAUCUUUUUCAGAACCAGCUCACAGGCAUUAUUCCAGAUGAGCUUGGCAGUUUAAGGAAUCUGACUAAGCUCGAUUUGUCAAUGAAUUACCUCACAGGUCAUAUUCCAGUUGGAUUUCAAUAUUUGACUGAACUACUCCAGUUGCAGCUCUUCCACAACUUACUCAGUGGUAAUAUACCCCAAAGGCUUGGAUUAUAUAGCCGACUUUGGGUGGUUGAUUUAUCAGAGAAUAAUCUAACUGGGCAAAUACCUCAUCAUCUUUGCAGACAUUCUAACCUGAUUUCAUUGAACCUCGGGUCAAACAGGCUGACUGGAAAUAUCCCUACAGAGGUCACAAACUGCAAAUCACUGGUGCAGCUUCGCCUUGUUGGAAACAGCCUUACAGGGAGUCUUCCAUCUGAUUUAUGCAAAUUGGUCAACCUCUCUGCUAUUGAACUAGACCAUAAUAGGUUUAGUGGCCCUAUUCCCCCAGAAAUAGGGAACUGUAAAACAUUGCAAAGACUUCAUCUCUCAGAGAACUACUUUACAUCUGAAUUGCCAAAAGAAAUAGGUAAUCUUUCCCAGUUGGUGAUCUUUAAUAUCUCAUCAAAUAUGCUUACUGGACAAAUACCACGGGAAGUAGUGAAUUGCAGGAUGCUACAACGACUUGAUCUCAGUAGGAACAGAUUUACAAAUUCACUGCCACAUGAGAUUGGAAACCUAUCUCAAUUGGAGCUUCUCAAGCUUUCAGAAAAUAAGCUUUCUGGGAGCAUACCUGCAUCUCUGGGCAAUCUCUCCCGUUUAACUGAGUUACAGAUGGGUGGUAAUGCACUUUCUGGUGUGAUACCACCGGAAUUAGGUAGACUUUCAAGCUUACAGAUUGCAAUGAACCUUAGCUAUAAUAAUCUCUCUGGGAAUAUACCACCUGAGCUUGGCAAUCUUAUCUUGCUGGAAUGUCUCCUGCUCAACAACAAUCAUUUGACUGGUGAAAUUCCCGACACUUUUGGAAACUUGUCGAGUUUACUAGGGUUCAACCUUUCAUACAACAACCUCACUGGACCUUUGCCUUCCAUUCCACUGUUUCAGAACAUGGCCAUCAGCAGUUUUAUUGGAAAUAAAGGGCUCUGUGGGGGACCUCUUCAGGGAUGCAGUGGAUCUCCAUCUUCACCCUCUUUCCUGCCAAAUUCACAAGGAGCUACACCUCUUUCUAAAAUUGUUGCAAUAGUUGCAGCAGCUGUGGGUGGGGUUUCUCUUGUUCUAAUUGUAGUUAUUGUAUAUUUCAUUAGACGUCCAGUUGAUGAUGUUGCUCCUUUUCAAGAUAAACAAUUAUCUUUUCCUCUGUCAGAUGACAUGUACUUUUCUCCUAAAGAAGGGUUCACUUUCCAAGACCUGCUUGAAGCGACAAACAAUUUUAAUGACAGUUUUGUGAUUGGAAGAGGAGCUUGUGGAACAGUCUACAGGGCUGUUAUGCCAUCUGGGCAGACAAUUGCUGUUAAGAAGCUUGAAUCUAAUAGAGAAGGGAACAAUAUUGAGAACAGUUUUCGCACCGAGAUUUUAACCCUUGGGAAGGUUCGGCAUCGGAAUAUUGUGAAAUUAUAUGGGUUCUGUUACCACCAAGGUUCUAAUCUUCUUCUCUAUGAGUAUAUGGGAAAAGGCAGUCUGGGAGAACUUCUUCAUGGUUCAUCUUGUAACUUGGAAUGGCGGACAAGAUUAGCAAUUGCUCUUGGGGCUGCUCAGGGGCUUGCUUAUUUACAUCAUGACUGCAAACCUAAGAUCAUUCACCGGGAUAUAAAGUCCAACAACAUUCUACUCGAUGAUAACUUUGAGGCUCAUGUUGGAGAUUUUGGACUGGCAAAGAUCAUUGACAUGCCGCAGUCCAAAUCAAUGUCUGCUAUUGCGGGAUCAUAUGGCUAUAUUGCGCCUGAAUAUGCAUACACCAUGAAAGUUACAGAAAAAUGUGAUAUCUAUAGCUAUGGAGUAGUUCUCUUGGAGUUGUUGACUGGAAGAACACCUGUGCAACCACUAGACCAAGGAGGUGACCUUGUUACAUGGGUGAGAAACUAUAUUCAGAAACAUUCAUUGACACCUGGGAUAUUUGAUGCACGAUUAAAUGUAACUGACAAGAACACUAUUGAGAACAUGAUUACUGUUUUAAAAAUUGCUUUACUCUGCACGAGUUUGUCCCCACUUGAUCGCCCUGCAAUGAGAGAAGUUGUGUUCAUGCUGAUAGAUAGUGAGCAACAGGGGAGCAUUGUUUCUUCUUCAAAUGAUGAUAUCUCUUUCAAAGAUGAUAUCUCAUGAAUGUCUUUAAUAUGUUGGAACAAAGAAAAUGAUCUCCCACUUUUGGUGCUGA